AGGCUGCUGGGAGAAAGAAAAUAUGGCAGCCGGGCCCAGCAAGGCGCAGAUUCAGACGCUUUUCAAGCGGCUGCGAGCCGCGCCGCCCAACAAGUCUUGUUUUGACUGCGGCGCCAAGAACCCGAGCUGGGCCAGCGUCACCUAUGGCGUCUUUCUCUGCAUUGACUGCUCCGGAGUUCACCGGUCGCUGGGGGUGCAUCUCAGCUUCAUCCGAUCUACAGAGCUCGACUCCAACUGGAGUUGGUUUCAGCUAAGAUGUAUGCAAGUGGGUAGCAAUGCCAAUGCGACUGCCUUCUUCCGCCAGCAUGGUUGCAUCACCACAGAUGCCAGUGCCAAAUAUAAUAGCCGUGCAGCUCAGGUGUACAGGGAGAAGAUCCGGCAACUGGCAAGUGCUGCCAUAGCCAAGUAUGGGAAUGAUCUUCUUAUUGAUGGGUUGAGUGGAACUCCAGGCCACUCUCCAGAAAAGAGUGAUGCUGAUUUCUUCCUAGAGCACACACAGGCCUGGGAUGUAGCUGAGAUUGGCCAAAGUGCAGUAGAGUCCUCACUGGAGUUGGAGAAGGCACCAAAGCUGUCUGAAAGCAGUGAGAUUCCACAACCUGACAAUGGACCGUCUACAGACUUGCUGAGCACUUCUCCCAAAGGAUCUCUUGACGCAUCCAUGUGUCUGUUUCCACAAGGGGCUGCUCCUGCCAGAGAAAUAAAGCCUUCUCUCAUUGGAAAAAAGAAGCCAGGUGCUACCAAAAAGGGGUUGGGGGCCAAAAAGGGUCUUGGAGCCCAAAAAGUGAGCAGUCAGAGUUUUACUGAAAUUGAACGGCAAGCCCAGGUGGCUGAAAAACUACGGGAACAGCAGGCUGCAGAGUACAGGAAACAAGCAGAUGAGUCCAUAGUGGCUUCUAUGAGACUGGCCUACCAAGAGCUGCAGAUAGACCGUAAGAAGGAGGAGAAGAAACUUCAGAACCUGGAAGGCCAGAAGCGUGAACAGGCUGAGAGAUUGGGCAUGGGUUUGGUGUCCAGAAGUUCCAUCUCGCAUUCUGUCCUCUCUGAGAUGCAAGUGAUAGAACAGGAAACGCCUGUGACGGCAAAGUCCUCUCGUUCCCAGCUGGAUCUUUUUGAAGACACUGGAAGCUUCACAUCUGGACCUCCCAAGUACAAAGAUAAUCCUUUCUCAAUAGGAGAUGCUUUUGGCUCACAGUGGGAAACAGACAACUCUUCGUGGGGGACAGACAAAACAGAAGAGGAGGCUGAUACUGCAGUCUCCAACAUCCGGCCUAUUGGUGACAGACCCACCAACAGAAGAGAGACAGAGAGCAAGAUAUCUGUAGUGGAGUCCAAUGAAGCUAGACAGAAGUUUGCAGGAGCAAAAGCCAUUUCAUCUGACAUGUUUUUUGGGCGGGAAGCUGAUGCUGAGUAUGAGGCCAGAUCCCGGCUUCAGCAACUCUCUGGGAGCAAUUCCAUCAGUUCCGCUGAUCUUUUUGGAGAGUCUGAGACUGUGAACUCAGGUGGUGUAUCAAUUGGAAAUGUACUGCCUGCUGCUGACAUUGCCCAGUUUAAGCAAGGAGUGAAAUCUGUUGCAGGGAAGAUGGCUGUUCUGGCCAAUGGUGUGAUGAACUCCCUUCAGGAUCGCUACGGCUCCUAUUGAUGAUUCAAGAGAGUGUACAUCUCAUGGGCAUUAGUAGAACGCAACAUGUACCUUGAGCCCACCUGGAAAAACUCAACAGGAUUUCUUUUCAAGCAGAGCAUGGUUGGGAGCUGCUUGAGAAAUAGAAGGAGAAAUGGCUAUGCCUAGCACUUGCUCAAACCUCUCUGGAUAUUGUUUUCUGUUAGAAACGAAACAAAAAUUUCUUCACAGCCCUAGCCUCCAGCUAAUGGUGUUCAUGGGAUCUUCCAGAGAACAUCCCUCUGCUGCUGUACACUGAGGCAGAGCUACAGACUGGCUGUGGGUGGUGCUGCUCUUUAUGCUUUUAACCCCCUCCUUGGCUGCUAUUGGUAAGACUAAUAUUGUGGAGGCAGGAGAUCAUGGUUAACACCGUUUACACUGCUGCAUCCAAGGAAAGUUGCAGUAAAUAAUGCAGUGCUGGGGAAUCCCUAAAGCCUGACCUGUCUUGUAAAACACUUCUACACAAGGUAAUUUUUACUGCCUCUCUGAACCAACAUGGUAGACAGAACUUUUUUCAGGACACUGACUUAUAAAAGUCUAAACCUGUAAUAAGGAACAACAGAUCGAGGCGUGCUUGGGCUUGGCAGUAUUUGGUAUCCUGGCAGUAUUGUGCAAGUCUGGUAGUUAAUUGGAAAAUUACGUCCUUGCCCCCAGCUCCCAAGGAUUGAUGUGUGUGAGAGAAGACCUUCAGGAGGGUAAGGAAAAGAAUGACGCCUUCAGUUUUCAUGUAACCUGCUGUCCGGCCUCAUUUGUGCUUUCUGAUUUUUUAUUUCCUUUCAGACUUUGGAAGAAACGGGGAAUAGAAUGAAAAAGACAGUGGCCACUCUCUCCACUGCCUGUGUUCCUAUGCCUCUAAUGCAGCAAUUGUUGUUCUGCCCCUGUUCCCCUUGGCUCGCCUGAAUGUCAUAGCUGUUCUGUGUGCUAUGUGUUGGAAGAGGAAGUAGAUUCAAAAAAUAUUUCUACUACUUGUCCAAGCUUCACUGCUGUCCCUUUGCCCUUUUUAGCUUUGCAUUAUGGGAUUUUUGUUUUCAAUCAAUGCAAUUCCAACUUGUGUUGGAGAAGGAGGAAUUUGGAGCACAUAACAAUGCUCCAUUCCUUCUACAAUGCUGCUCUUGAUAACCCCCAAAACACAGAAGGUGCCCUACCACAAAGCACAUCCUUGUGUCUGCAUGCCUUACCCCUCUGUUUCUAAGAGUUGGUUAUGUUGUUCCAUUGGGAAGGAGAUCUCUCCAACACAGUGGGGCCCUGAGUUCAUGUGAAACGAUGUUGUCAUGAUCCUUCUGCACUUAACACUGCAUGAUUACAAGCUGUAGAUUCAUCUGGAGGCCUACAUCGUAUCUGUUAUAUUCCAUAAGGAGCGAGACCAUUAAUUUCUCUUAAUGGGCGAACAACCACUAGGAAUGCACUGAAAUUAGGCCUUUGCCUGCAGUAAGUUCCUGAGGGAGGUGAGCUUACCAGUAUGGUUUGCAGAUUCUCUUUUGGUGGAGCAGGCUCUUGCCCGCUUCUAUAUCUGUGUGUUCAUCAGUGCAAUUGGGCUGCUUUCUCCUUGUGUGCUUCCUAAGAGAGUAAAUGCCUGCAUGGACUGACUGGAAAUCUCCCUGCCAUCACCUUAGCUCUGCUCCACCAUCACCCCCUCCCCCCCCUCUGGCAUCUGAAAAUGCACUGUUCUAACUCUAAUUCCUGCAAAUUUGUCUUAAAGCACUUGCUCGUUUCUUGGGCAGGAAGGCUGCAGAGCUUUGGUUUGGUCCAAUGCUCUACUCCAGAAUGGGAAGCGGGUUCCCUUCUUGGACUAUCUGUGUACUUUGAGUUAAUGAUAGUGUUAAUGAGCUUUGUGUGGCCAGGGUUCGGCCUCUGCUGUAUUGGGGGGGGGUUCCAAGGGGGAGUGAUGUAGGUCCCCCUCCCCAGUAAAUAAAAUUAAAUACCUGUGUGUUC